AUGUUUAAUGUCUUCUUUAAAAGCAAAACAUCUGAAGUUUUAGAAUCGACAGAAAAUAAUGAUAAGGGAAAUGAGGAGAACAGAAGUGAUAUAAAUAAUGAAAGGAAAGAUUCGAAAAUAUCAAAUGACCAUUCUGGUGGAAGCGAAAAAGAUAAUUUGGAUGGUGAUUCGAAUGCUAUAAUAGAAAGUAUAAAUGAAGUUAUGAAUGCGGAGGGGGGUUCAAGUGAAUCUGAAAAGAGGGACAGAAACAAAAGUAAACGCAGAAAUAGAAGUAUAACAAGAAGCAGAAGUAGGUCUAGAAGUCGAGAUAGAAGCCGACACAGAAGCAGGACUCGAAGCAGGACUCGAAGUAGAAGUCGAAAUAGACAUAGACAUAGAAAAGGACGAAGUAGGAGUAGAAGUAGAAGUAGAGAGAGGAAUAGGCAUAGACAUGGAAGGAAUAGAAGUAGAAGUAUAGAAAAACAUAGACAUAGAAGACGAGAUAGUCAUAGGCAUAGACAUGAUGAUAGACGAAGAAGCAGAAGUAGAGACAAAUAUAGACAUGAUGAUAGACGUAGAAGUAGAAGUAGAGACAAAUAUAGACAUGAUGAUAGGCAUAGAAGUAGAAGCAGAGACAAAUAUAGACAUGAUGAUAGACAUAGAAGUAGAAGAAGAUUAUCUUAUGAUAAAUAUGAAAAAAGGAAAUUAAGAAGUUAUAGUACUGAUUCUAUAGAAGAUAAAAAAAACGAUAAGAUAUCUUUAAAUAAUAUAGAGCAAUAUGAUAAUAGUGAUAGUAAUAUAAAAAAAAAUAAUACAUAUGAAGGGGAGGAUGACCAAUAUAAAAAUCACGACGAUUUAAAUGAUAAGAAGAAUGAAUAUGUUGAUAAGAAUUCCAAAGAAAAAGAAGAUCAUGAUAAGAAAAAUAAAUAUCCAAAUAAAAAUGAAGAGAAUAAUAAUGAUAUAAUGAAUGACAAUAUUUUAGAUGAAGAAUUAUCAGAGAGUGAGAUGAUUAAAAAAAUUAUGGGAAUAAGUGAAUUUUCAACAACUGAUAAUAAAUGUCAUAAAAGUACGGAUAUAUCAGGAAUAAAUAAAAGAACCAAAAGAAAGUAUAGGCAAUAUAUGAAUAGAAGAGGAGGAUUUAAUAGACCAUUAUCACCUUCAUUUUGA